CGUCCCCAGGGAGCCGACCAGCAACCGGCAUGGCGUCACGCAUCGGGCUGCGCAUGCAGCUCAUGCGGGAGCAGGCGCAGCAGGAGGAGCAGCGGGAGCGCAUGCAGCAGCAGGCCGUCAUGCACUACAUGCAGCAGCAGCAGCUGGCGGGGCCGCCCACCCCGGCCAUCAACACCCCUGCGCACUUCCAGUCACCGCCUCCCGUGCCUGGGGAGGUGCUGAAGGUGCAGUCCUACCUGGAGAAUCCCACGUCCUAUCACCUGCAGCAGUCGCAGCACCAGAAAGUGCGGGAGUACCUGUCCGAGACCUACGGGAACAAGUUUGCUGCCCACAUCAGCCCUGCUCAGGGCUCCCCGAAGCCCCCGCCAGCCGCCUCCCCGGGCGUGCGGGCAGGACACGUGUUGUCCUCCUCAGCCGGCAACAGUGCUCCCAACAGCCCCAUGGCCAUGCUGCACAUCGGCUCCAACCCCGAGAGGGAGUUUGAUGACGUCAUUGACAACAUCAUGCGUUUGGAUGAUGUCCUGGGCUACAUCAACCCUGAAUUGCAGAUGCCCAACACGCUGCCCCUGUCCAGCAGCCACCUGAACGUGUACAGGAGCGACCCCCAGGUCACAGCCUCCCUGGUGGGCGUCACCAGCAGCUCCUGCCCCGCGGACCUGACCCAGAAGCGAGAGCUCACAGAUGCUGAGAGCCGGGCCCUGGCCAAGGAGCGGCAGAAGAAAGACAAUCACAACCUAAUUGAAAGGAGGCGGAGGUUCAACAUCAAUGACCGCAUCAAGGAGUUGGGAAUGCUGAUCCCCAAAGCCAACGACCUGGACGUGCGCUGGAACAAGGGCACCAUUCUCAAGGCCUCUGUGGAUUACAUCCGGAGGAUGCAGAAGGACCUGCAGAAGUCCAGGGAGCUUGAGAACCACUCUCGCCGCCUGGAGAUGACCAACAAGCAGCUCUGGCUCCGUAUCCAGGAAUUGGAGAUGCAGGCACGAGUGCACGGCCUCCCUACCACGUCCCCGUCGGGCAUGAACAUGACUGAGCUGGCCCAGCAGGUGGUGAAGCAGGAGCUGCCCAGCGAAGAGGGCCCAGGGGAGGCCCUGAUGCUGGGGGCUGAGGUCCCCGACCCUGAGCCGCUGCCGGCUCUGCCUCCCCAGGCCCCGCUGCCCCUGGCCACCCAGCCGCCCUCCCCAUUCCAUCACCUGGACUUUAGCCACAGCCUGAGCUUUGGGGGCGGGGAUGACGAGGGUCCCCCAGGCUACCCUGACCCUCUGGGGCCGGAGCAUGGCUCCCCCUUCCCCAACCUGUCCAAGAAGGAUCUGGACCUCAUGCUCCUGGACAACUCACUGCUGCCGCUGGCCUCCGAUCCCCUCUUGUCCACCAUGUCCCCCGAGGCCUCCAAGGCCAGCAGCCGCCGGAGCAGCUUCAGCAUGGAGGAGGGGGACGUGCUGUGACCCUGGCUGCCCCUGUGCCAGGGAACAGGGGCCGGCCUGGGGGCUGGGAGGGCACCUCCCUCCCACCCUCCAGGCUGCAUUUGUGUGUGAUGUAGCCACCUGUCCUGCCUCACCCCUCCCUGUUGGCCCCCUGUCUGGACUUAGUGCCUGCCUGGCAGCCUGUGGGGUCAAGAGUACCCAGGCCUGGCUCAUUGCCUCCCCACGGGCCGUCCUCUUGACGGGGCUGGGUGGGAAUAGGCCUCCGGCCUGGCUCUCAGAGGCAAAAUCAUGAGGGGAAGGGAGGGACAGGGUGCACUAGAGGUAAGAAGACGCCUGUGGGGGAGGUCCUGUCUUCUGGGCCUGACCCCCCUGGCCACCAAGGAAGGACAUGCUGGGUGGGGUUCAGGAAACUCCUUCUCUGAGGCGACUGGUCCAGGGGGUGCCCAAGCCUGCCUUUCUGAUGGCAACAAGCCCACCCCAGCCUGGUCCUCGCCCCCUCGCAGGUGGGGCACCCACCCCCUUUGGUGCUAACAGCUCUCCACCAGGUGGUGUGAGGGCGGGGACUGCCGGAAGACAGGGAGGGCUGGGUUCAGGUUAAGUGUGGGGUCACUGCCAGAAGAGCAGCUCCCCUCCAGAAUCCCCACUUUGUGCCUUUAGUAAACACUGUGCUUUGUA